GCAGGGACCAGCAGCUCUGCUCCACCAGAAAUCAGCACCAUGAAGCUUCUCACGGGCCUGGUUUUCUUUUCCUUGGUCCUGGGAGUCAGAGGCUGGUUUUCAUUCCUCGGCGAGGCUGCUGGAGGGGCUUGGGACAUGUGGAGAGCCUACUCUGACAUGAGAGAAGCCAAUUACAUAAAUGCAGAUAAAUACUUCCAUGCGCGGGGGAACUAUGAUGCUGCCCAGAGGGGCCCUGGGGGUGUCUGGGCUGCAGAAAAGAUCAGCUUGGUGAUCCAUCUCCUCCUUGCCUGCCUCCAUCACAGCGAUGCCAGAGAGGGUAUCCAGAAACUCAUGGGCCAUGGAGCGGAGGACUCAUUGGCCGACCAGGCUGCCAACGAAUGGGGGCGGAGUGGCAAGGGCCCCAAUUUCUUCAGACCUGCAGGCCUGCCUGACAAGUACUGAGCUUCCUCUUCUCUCUGCUCUCAGGGACUGGGCUGCGGGCCCCUGUGGGCAGGGACAUGGAGUUACUGAGUUCUGUGUGCACAGAAACUGGUCGAGGGCACACAAUAGGGUCUAAUAAAUGCUUAAGAGA